AGACGUCAUUUAAACGGCUGAUAGAUUCACUGUCUGUCAGACGUUUCACUUCUCAAGUCAUUUAAAAAUCAACACCUGAAAUGUCCAGUUGGAGAGAGGAGCCCUCUGAUGAUUCCCCGGCUGACCUUCCCAGUCUGGAAAAACUUGACUCUCCUACAGGGAGUCCACCCACUGCCUCAUUAUCCAGUCUGAUAGAGCUGGAAAACUGUGUUUCCAACCUGAGCCUUGCACAUGAGAUAGUAGUGAAUGGAGACUUUUGCAUCAAAAAUAGGAGCCCUCCCACUGACAGCCUGGAGGGCAGAGUGACAGACAUCAUUCACCAGGCAUUUUGGGACAGUCUUCAGGAACAGCUGAGCAGCGAUCCCCCACAUUACAGCCAUGCAGUUGUCCUGCUGCAGGAGGUCAAAACCAUGCUUGGGUCGCUGCUGUUGCCCGGUCACGUCAGGCUGAGGUCUCAGUUGGACGAAGUGCUGGACAUGGAGUUGAUCCAGCAGCAAGUCCAACACGGAGCUCUGGACCUCCACAGGUUGGCAGGAUUUGUCAUUAGCAAGAUGGCAUCUUUAUGUGCUCCUGUGCGUGACCCUGAGGUCAGGGCACUGCAAGACCUCAAGGAACCAGUGGAGCUCCUUCGGGGGAUCUUCCGCGUCUUGGGACUGAUGAAAACCGACAUGGUUAACUUCGCCAUCCAGAGCCUGAGGCCUCAUCUCCUGCAGCAGGCUGUGCAGUACGAGAGAGCCAAAUUUCAGCAGAUCCUGGACAAGCAGCCAGGUUUUCUGGACAACACAGCUGCUUGGCUUCAGGUGGCAGCCUCAGAGGAGGCGCUGGCUCUCCAGGCUCAGUGUGACUCUCCUGGUCCUGACAGUCAAGUUCUCCCUAGUGCCACAGCUAUUCUCAACCGCGCCUACAUGCGUCUGCUCCGCUGGGACCUGCAGGACCAAAAAUAUCCCGAGACCAUGCAGAUGGACCGAUCCCGCCUGGAUGCUCUGAGCCAGCAGCUCCAGAUUUUGGUCCUGGAGGCUUCAGUGUUGCUCCUGACCGGCACUCAGUGUCAGGGUGUCAUUUUCUCCCUACAAGGGUUUGUAGGUAAACUCAAGCAGACGAUCACUGCCCUGCUGGAGGGCAGUCACACCAGGGAAGCCGACCUGAAGAGGGCCCUAUUGGAGCUUGGGGAGGCAGUACUGCAGCAGGUGAAAGAAGCUCUGAGCAUCCAGGGAGGAGGAGAGUUGCCCCAGGAGAGCCAGGAUCUGCUAAGAGGACAAAUAUCUGAACUGUGGAAAAAUAACAACUCGGUUCGAACACUCAUAGAAGAAAGAGUUCAGGGCUUCCUCCUGGCCAUGCUGCAAGGUGGCUCUGCUAAAAGGCGUCCAGAGCUGCAUUUUCCCCUCAGGCUGGUGAGUCCCGAGCUAGCAGAGUUGGGGACUGCCUUUGGGCGAAUUGUCCACUUCAACCGAACAGUCUUUGGUCCCUUCUACGCACCCAUCCUCAGGAAGAUGCUGCUACCAUCAGGAGAGAGUGAAACUGGGGAGGACUCACGCUGAGUUAGGGCUGAACCAAAAAACCCAUGGUCUCAUAUCAUAAGCUGGCAUUUUGUAUCACAUUUUUGAAAUGCAAAUAUGAUUGUUGGGACAGUUUGAGUUGAAAUUCUCUAGUCACAACAUAAAACUAUGCAGUUGAAUUCCUUUUGUUUAAUGACAUUUACAGUCUGUAGAAACAAUAUUUUCUCAAACAUCAGGAUUAGAGUCAGGGGAAAAGCAUAAGGCAGUUACUGAAUUCUAACAAAUAAUGUGUUCACAAAACAUUAAGGAAGGAUAUGUAGCAGAAACAAACACAAACAAACCAAAAUGUUAAAACACAAGUAACAAAAAUAUAUGCUAAAAUGUUGUAAAUAAUACUUUAUACUAAGCUUUACCUUGUUUUCUGUUGAUGAAUGUUUAUGUAUGAAUUACCAAAGGCGUUGUGCACUUUCCAUUUAUUUCUUUUUAGUCUUUAUGUUUUGCACCUUUGAUUACAAACCAGAAAUAUACUGUUAGAGAGGGAAACAUGUUACUAAACAGGGUUUUAUUGGGAAACAAAAAGCUUCUUUUUUCAUAUUUUUCAGCCAUUCACACAGCUCACAUCACAGAACGGAUAAAUAAAUAAAUCUACCAAAAAAAAAUCUUAGAGAAAAGUAUUUAAAAGUAAUGAACUGGGAAAAAAUAUCCUGCAGAUGAUCUUCAUUAGUGUAAUAUUCUAUUUUGGGGUUUCUUUUUCUAAUAAAAGAACUAAGUGUUUGGUUA